CCAAAAUUCUUCCCGCCAAAAAAUAUCAGAUAUACAAUAGCGGGGAGAGAGAGAGAGAAAGAGAGAGGCGAAGAUGUCAGGUUGGGACGAGGGGGCGAUCUUCUACAGUGACCAAGCGCAGUUCCCCAACGCCGGCGGCGGCGGGGGAGGCGGAGAAUCGGAGCAGGCGGCGAGCCGCCACAUGAUCUUCCGCAAGUUCAAAGAAUUCAUCCGAAGCUACGCGCGCAAAGACCAGCCCAAUGUGUUCCUCUACAGAGAAAGCCUCGUCCAGAACCCUAAGUUCCUGCUCGUCGACCUCGCAGAUCUGUCCAAAUACGACAAUCUCGACGAAUUGCUCCGCACUUCCCCAGCCGAUUACCUUCCCCUGUUUGAAACUGCAGCUGCAGAAGUUCUUGCAAGUUUGAGAUCAAGAGUUGCUACGGAAACUGGAGAAAUGGAGGAGCCAGAGACUGGGGAGGUGCAGAUCUUACUGACUUCUGAUGAGGAUCCAGUGUCAAUGAGAUCUCUUGGGGCAUCAUAUAUAUCAAAACUGGUCAAGAUAUCAGGAAUCACCAUUGCUGCAUCGAGAACUAAAGCAAAGGCAACAUAUGUCACUUUAUUAUGCAGGAACUGUAAAAAUGUAAAGACUAUUCCAUGCCGUCCAGGGUUGGGUGGAGCAAUUGUACCUCGAUCAUGUGAUCACAUACCUCAGGCUGGAGAAGAGCAAUGCCCUAUGGAUCCAUGGCUUGUAGUUCCAGACAGAAGCAAGUAUGUUGAUCAACAGACCCUGAAAUUACAAGAAAAUCCAGAGGAUGUCCCUACUGGUGAGCUACCAAGAAACACGCUUAUUUCUGUAGAUCGUCAUCUUGUUCAAACAAUUGUACCUGGUACAAGAUUGACUAUAAUGGGGAUUUAUAGUAUCUUUCAAGCUGCCAAUUCAUCCUCAUCCCACAAAGGAGCAGUUGCAGUUAGACAGCCUUAUAUAAGAGUUGUGGGAAUAGAAGAAGCUAAUGAGUCUGAUUCUCGGUGCCCAGCAAAUUUCACAGCAGAUGAGAUUGAAGAAUUUAAAAAAUUUGCAUCAGAAGGCAAUGCAUACCAGAAGAUAUGUUCCAAGGUUGCUCCUUCUAUAUUUGGCCAUGAGGAUGUGAAGAAGGCUGUGGCUUGUCUUUUGUUUGGAGGAUCAAGGAAGAUUUUGCCGGAUGGUGUGAAGUUGAGAGGCGAUAUAAAUGUGUUGCUUUUAGGAGAUCCAUCUACAGCCAAAUCACAGUUUCUCAAGUUUGUUGAGAAGACAGCUCCGGUAGCUGUAUAUACUUCUGGAAAAGGCUCCUCAGCUGCUGGUCUUACUGCUUCUGUUAUUCGAGACAGUAGCUCACGUGAGUUUUACUUGGAAGGGGGAGCUAUGGUUUUGGCAGAUGGAGGUGUUGUCUGUAUUGAUGAAUUUGACAAAAUGAGAGCAGAAGACAGAGUUGCUAUUCACGAAGCCAUGGAGCAGCAAACCAUUUCCAUUGCAAAAGCAGGGAUAACAACUGUUCUAAAUUCCAGAACCUCUGUGCUUGCAGCAGCUAAUCCUCCAUCAGGGCAUUAUGAUGAUCUCAAGACUGCUCAAGAUAACAUUGAUUUGCAGACCACAAUUCUUUCAAGAUUUGAUCUAAUCUUCAUUGUGAAGGACAUCAGAAUGUACAGUCAAGACAAGAUUAUAGCUAGCCACAUAAUCAAAGUCCAUGCCUCUGCCGGUGCAUACAUGGGUGAAACAAGAACUUCUAAAGAGGAUAACUGGCUGAAGAGGUACAUACAAUACUGCCGAACUGAAUGCCACCCCCGAUUAUCUGAUUCUGCAUCCACAAUGUUGCAGGAGAGUUAUGUUAAGAUUAGACAGGAUGUGAGGAAACAGUCAAAUGAAACUGGGGAGGCAGCUGCAAUACCAAUAACUGUGAGGCAGUUGGAAGCUAUAGUGAGGUUGAGUGAAGCACUUGCAAAAAUGACACUGUCCCAUGUUGCAAAUGAUAACCAUGUCAUGGAAGCCAUCAGGCUUUUCAACAAUGCCACAAUGGAUGCAGCAAGGUCUGGAAUCAAUCAGCACAUUAAUCUUACUCCUGAUAUGGCAAAUGAGAUAAAGCAUGCAGAAACCCAAAUAAAGAGAAGAAUGGGAAUUGGAAGCCACAUAUCAGAGAGACGGCUGAUUGAUGAGCUUUCACGAAUGGGGAUAAAUGAAUCUAUAGUUAGAAGAGCUCUAUUGAUCAUGCAUCAGAGAGAUGAAGUUGAGUACAAGCGAGAAAGGCGCAUUGUUGUUCGCAAAGCUUAAAUGUGUCUGCAGUAACCGAACUAUAAGUUAUUAGCACCCGCUUUAGGAUAUGCAGAAAUCAUCUUUCUGAAGCUCAUAUUUCCUUGAAUGGAAUCAGCUUUGUGCAGUUGCAUUUCUCUGGGUGAUUUGCUGAUGCACAAAAGGGCAAACGUGGAGCAAUUUUUUGCAGGACUCUUAGGCCUGGAAGGACAAAACUUGAAUUUCAGAAUCGUAGUACUAGGGAAUUUGACUAACUCUGGUUUAAUGUUUAAAUGGUUUCUCUUCAUAUUGAAGCCAUUUGAUAACCUGAGUUUAAAAUUUGAUGGAAAAGACGGUAUUUUAAUCAGCUUCAUGGCAUUAACAAGGAACGAAUUGCAAUGUCUACCAUUUUAGCAUUCAGGGUGUGAUCUAAUAUUCAGAUUUAUAAGUUAGCAAAAUAAUCGUAAGAUUUAAACCAAAUAAGCUGGUACGCAAUAAAGU